ACAGCAUGUGAAGUCAUUAAUCAACAGUUUCAAUAUGGCUUGGAAAAUCAUUCGAUCAUCUAUUCCACAAGAUGGUCAUUACGGAAUUUCAAAAGAAAUGAGAGAGAAGGAAGUUAUCAACGCUACUCCGAUUUCUAUGUUAUUGCCUUCGUGGAAAGGAUAUGGAAAGUGUUCUUUGGCACUGACAAAUUACCUUGUAUCUUUACAUAACAAUUUUAUUGGACGAUGUAAAAGCUUGUUGAAGGACGAUAAAAAUUCAGAGGAGCUAUCGCUGUUGAACGUUAUUAAGGGGCAUUUGGUUGCCUAUGAUCCAGAGAGAGAUUUUUUGCCGAUGGUCCUGGCUCACUGUGAUUACUCACUAAAAGUUGGUGAAGGAGGUGAAAAAACGGUUGUGAAGUUCAACUGGAAAUCUUUAGAAAGACAACUUGUCGACAGAUUUAUUCGGGGAAAACCUAGAAUUACAUCUUUGGUUGAAUUAUUUGUGUUCAGCAAAGAUAUUUGUGAUGGAGCUGUUUUUAAAGCGUUGAAUCAAAAGAUCCCUCAGAUUAAACUUAGUCGACCAGUGAAAGAUCAGAUCUUAAGUGAACUGAACCAACUCACUGAUGUUUGUGACGUUCUUAAAUCUCUCCACAAUGUCAUUGGUUUCUUAUCAUCUGCUGGAGGAAAUCCAGGAAUGCUUAUCAGUGAAUAUAUGAAAUCAGCAUUGAAAAUUGAUCCUAGAAACGGUUUAAAAAGUGGCAAGGCAGAGCAGAUUUGUCAACUUCAACAUGUUGUUGCGCUUUGGAAACUGUUAUCAUUAGAAAGAGCAAAAAUAUUGACUAGACGUAAACAGGAACCAUUUGACGAUGUAACAGAUAAGAUAAAGACAGCAUUGACAAGGGAAAUAAAGUUUGAAUUAAGUCGUGGUUUACAGAAAAUCAAAAUUGAUCGUUUCGUUGAUGAAUUAUUGCAGCUUAUUUUACUCUUUUUGAAAAAUGCACCAGACGAACAGUUGCACUGGCCUUUAGCAGAGUACAUCAACGCAAUGCUUGAACAAGAUGGUUGUGAAAUUAUUAAAGAUCUUGAGGAGAGUUUACCAAAUGAAGUUACUGUUGCACAUGCUGUUGAAGCUUGGAAGCUUGCAUGUCAGAAAAGUGAUGAUUACAAUUCAAAAAUAUAUUGAUUUAGUCGACAAUUUUUUUAUUAAUGACGAAAAGUUGCUUGAUAUUCUUUAACUUAAUAAUGCGCAUUUAAUUUUCAGGAAGAUUAUUUGGAAGAUAUAUAGGUACUUUUUAAAUCAGUUUACAAAAAUCUCAUCAUAAAAUUACAUCAAAUACAGAAAACAGUUGUCAUUUAAUUAGAAAACAUUUGAGAACAUCUGUAAGUAGUUAAAAACAAUAUAUCAUAAUUUCUAUCUUCUUUAACCAAGUAGCAAAGUGCAUGUGUGACGUUUAAAUACUGCAUGAAUGAAAAUGUUCGUUAUUCUAACCAAUGUAUCGUUAAAAAUAGUUUAAAUCUAUCAUUGCCUCCACUAUAAGUAUUAAAGUUUUGAUUUUUGGGAAUGUGAUUUGCAAUGUGAUAAACCUGUAUUAUAAAGCUACAACAUCAAAAGCCAUAUCAUUUAUGGCAGAAUAA